CCUUGGUUCUCAUUCAUGGCGACUGCAAGGGAACAGAAAAGCGGGGAAGAAGAAGGGUUGAGAACGGCGGGGAAGUUUGCAGAUAAAAAAUUCUUUAGGAAACCACCGAAAAAACCUUAUGAUCGGCCGCCGACUACCCUAAGAACAUCUGGAAACAAUUCGUGGAUCUUGAAGCUCGUUGAUCCGGCUCAAAGGCUCAUUUCCUCUGGUUCUCAGAUGCUUUUUUCCUCCGUGUUCCGAAAUUUCCCUCACCGUUUACCGUCUUGUAUUUCGUCUCCAGAAUCAAUCCAGUCAAGAAGGGAUGACAAGAAGGCCGAUGUAACGGAUCCUUUUGAAGUCCAAGUAGCAGCAGCUAAUGUAGGUGAUAAUCAGAAUAGAGCCGAUCGAUUUGUGAUGGUGGAGCUUGAAAAAGCUAUGAAGCAAAAGACCUUCACCAGGUCUGAGAUUGAUCAUUUGACGGCUCUAAUGCAUUCAAAAAAUGUUGAUUUGCCUGAUGUGAAUGAGGAGAAAAGGGUUAAGUUUAUCUCUUCUAUUCCAGAAUCUAACAGGAACGAGUUUAAAAAAAUAUCAAAUUCAGAAGUUAGAAUGCGCAGGCAAUCGUUCCCAACUCCCUUCUUGAGUUCAAGUGUCCUUGAUGAAGAUAUUUCUUCACCUGCAGAGAUAGCUAGAGCAUACAUGGUGAGUAGGCAGCCAAAACUUUGUCCUUCAAUGCCAUCUUUGCGGGCUCAAGGACUUGGGGAAAAUUCUGCUGGUCCAACUAGUACAUCAUUCUCUUCAAAAUCAAUAGAUAUGUUGCUUGUGCCAUCAUCUACUAGUCAGGGUUUGAAACGUAGGAGUUCAUUUUUUGAUAAUCACAUUGGACCCAAUGUUCCUCUGCGCAGAAUUCGACAAAAACCUAACAUUCAUCUCUCAAAGGGAUUAAGCUUACCCGUUUCUACUAGACCUAUUUCUGGUCCUGUAGAUAGACUUAGUUUUGAUGCUUCUCAGAGCUCCAAAUUUGGGAAAGUUCAUAAUUUUCCAUCUUCCAUUUGGAACUCACAAUUGUCUCUUAAACCCAAGAAAAAUUCUGCAAGAAAGUUUAUUAUGAACGUGGAGAGUGAUGACAUUCGUGGUGCAGGCAGCAGCUCUAUUUAUACUCCUUCAAGGUCUUAUAAGAUGGCUUCUAAGAUAUUGGAGCAGCUCGAUAAGUUGACCCCUCCAAAGGAGAAAGUUAAACGACUUCCUGUUGGGGAAAUAUCUCCCCCUAAGCUGUCACCAUUCACAGUAGAUGGGCAUCUCAAAAUUGUGAAGGAUGUGGACUUACCCAGAGAUGAAGAACUUGUUCAUGACAACAAGCAGUCAAUUAGUUUGCAUGGCGUUCCAUAUCAUGACAACCAAGAAAACACUUCACAAAAUAAAGAGAAGCUGGAAAAUAUGAAACCAUCGGAUCCUCAUCAUAGAUGUGCUCUACUGAAGGACUCAGGGUCCAUAGGUUCAAGUAAGGAUUCCAUGAUUGAUCUUGGAGUGCCUGCGCCUGCUGUGGUGAAAUCUACUAUUCAGCCCCCAAAAAACAAACUGGCGUUUCUGAUGUGGCCUGACAAGGAUCGUGUUGACCAUGAUGAAAGUUCUCCUGAUAGAGUUGCACCUGCUACCGCGGAGGAUAGGGAAGGUGACAUUUCUUUGGCUGUGAGACAAACAACUGCUAGUGAGUCUCUAGCACCAUCAAAGCCACAAACUGCAUCUGAAGUGAUAGUGGGUUCUCCUCUCAACAGAAGUUCUGAUUUGAAAACUUCUGAAGGUAGCGUUCAUGAUGAUAUGGAUACCAGUUUUACGUUCCAAAUUGCACCUUCACAACCAGAAACUAUUGAUUCUGCACCCACCAAUUCUUUUGGAAACAAUGAUCUUCCAGAAAAUAAGCGAAUUGAUUCUCCAGUUUUUAGCUUUGGAAAUAAUGUCUCUCCACGAAAACAGCCAAACGCUAGUUCUACUGCAUUUGAUUUUGGGAAUAAGGAUGCUUCUCGAACAGAAUUAUGUGCUGCUUCCGAAAAUGGCAAUGGAGCUUCAUUCCCAUACACGCAGUGGAAUCCAGCUUCUUCAUGUUCAGAUGUCCAAGGAUCAGUGUAUUUAAACGCCGUUGCUUCUUCAAAUCAUAAGCUAGAUUGCUCUUGGGGGACAUGCAAUGAUGCAUUCUCAUCUUCUGCCUCCAUAUCAGCUGGACUUGCAGUCUCAUUUUGCCCGACUGCUAGAUAUCAAAGUUUAAAUAAUGGCCUUUCCAUUUCAUGUCCAUCUCAAUACUCAUCGUGCAGUCCGCUAACUCCAUCUAUGGGGCAAAGUUCAUCAAGAUAUAUCUUCCUCUCAGCCAAAUGUGCCAGCAACGAUGCUAAUAUAACCACCAAUGACAAGCACCCGUCAACCACAAAUGUGAUAACUUCAUCUGCUCCGUCGGCUAUGGGCUUAGGAACUCAUGAAGACAAGAUCAAGCAGGAUGCAAGCCUGCACAUUGCAAAUAACACUUAUUUCAGUAGCAUAUCUACACCAGCAAAUUCUCACUAUAAUAUGUUCAGCUUCAAUCCUGGAGCAACGCCUUCGUUUGUGAAUAAUCAUCAGCUGAGAACACCUACUGUUAGCAGUGCACCUGAGCUUAGUGCUCAGGGAGUUUCUGCUGGAAAGGAAUUUACAGCUAAUGCGGAACAAACUUCAAUCAUUAUGGGAUCAUUCAUGUCUCAUGCAUCAUCGGUGAUGGCUGGAAAAGCAUCCAUCUCUUCUGGCAUUUCUUUUGGUUGCUCAUCUCCUGCUUCUGAACUGUUUCAUUCAGGAAGCAGGCCAUCGGAAUUUCCCAUCACUGGGUUUACUUGUGCCCAAGCAACUUCAACCCAUUUUUCUACUCCUAGGACACAUCUUGGGUUCGAGUCAUUUACAGGGGCAUCUUUCAGUUCAAUAUGUUCUACAACCUCAGCAGCAGCAAUGGCAGGUUCCUCAUCGAAGACAGUUUCAAGUAAUUCUCAUCACACAGUUGCUUUUAGAGUUUCUACAGGUAACAAGGACUGUGAAGAUCAGGGUACCUACAAGGACAAUGUUCCACUUUUCAGCCAAAAGCCAGUCCCACCCCCUUCAUCAGGAUUCUCUUUUAGUCAAGCCACCCCUGAAUCAAAUCCCUUUCUAGUUGGAAAGCAGCAGACAUUGGCUGAACCCCAAAACUCUUCUCCAUAUAUUGCUCAUUCUAGCAGCUUAGAAGCUAGAGGCAGCUUCCCCUUGAGUGCUGGCGGCGGUAACAAGGCUAACCGGAGACUUGUGAAGGUCAAACGAAAGAAAUAAAGAAAACAUCUCUGGCAGAGUUGCUAGAAAACAACCCCAAGUGUCCACCUCCCAAAUUCUUGUAAAUUUUAUAAUCUGAUUUACGGUCACAUUUAUGUCCAUCCCUCUUCAACUCCCGCGAAGAAAAGAGUGGCUUUAAGGUUGAGGAAAGCCAGUGAUUUCAGAUUUGUGGAGUCCAAAUUUGAUACAGGCUAUGACGAUGUAGUUUCUUCACCGUAUGGGAUCCGCAAAGUUCACAAGACAAGAGUUCAAGUAAGAACAAACCCUUUAUAAACUCUAGUGCUUUCUUUUCUUUUCUACUUUUCUACCUCCAAACACCAUACACAUUUGAAAUAUUCUGUUAUAGAGUCUCUAUCUCUCUGUCUUUUCUGAAUUAUUUGUUGGGUCGGUCUAAUACAAAGAAUAUAGUUCUGCAUAACAUGGAGUUGCAUCCA